AUGUCGUCGACGGGUGGGAAGAAGCUGAGGCUGAGGAAGAACAAUUACAGGAGAAGAUCAUCAUCAUCAUCAUCAGGAAAUAUGGUUUGGAUGGAUGACGUCGACGACGAUGACGAAGGAGAGGAGGAUGAUGAUCAGAACGGCGGCGGCGGCGGCGGUGGAAAUGAAAGGCAGAGAGAGCACCCGUUUAUAGUGACGGAGCCGGGGGAGGUGGCGCGUGGGAAGAAGAACGGACUAGAUUACCUCUUCUAUCUAUAUGAGCAGUGUCGUGAGUUCUUGAUACAGGUUCAGAAAAUUGCUAAGGAGAGAGGCGAAAAAUGCCCCACCAAGGUGACAAACCAAGUGUUCAGAUACGCAAAGGCGGCGGGGGCGAACUACAUCAACAAGCCCAAAAUGCGGCACUACGUCCACUGCUACGCCCUCCACUGCCUCGAUGAGGCAGCGUCCAUCGCUCUUCGCCGGAGUUUCAAGGAGCGGAGGGAGAACGUCGGAGCUUGGCGGCAGGCUUGCUACAACCCCGUGGUUGUUGUAGCCGCAGCCUACGGAUGGGAUAUUGAUGCUGUCUUCAAUUCACACCCACGCCUCUCCAUCUGGUACGUUCCGACCAAGCUCCGCCAGCUCUGCCACGUCGAGCGGAGCAAUGCCGCUGCUGCCGCCGCCUCCAGCUCUGUCACCGGUGGUGGGCCUGAUCACUUGAGCUUCUAG